GGCGGCGCGUGCGUCAGCCGUGGGCGCCGCGGGAAAGCUGGCCGAAGCGCAUGGCUGCGGGUUGCUGCGAGUCUCCGCCGCCUAAGGCGGCCUCUGAGGGGCCGGCCGGCGUGUUGCCUUGCCUAGAGCUUCCGACCUACGCGGCGGCUUGUGCGCUGGUGAGUAGCCGUUACUCCUGCCUGGUGGCGGGGCCGCACCGAAGACACAUCGCGCUUUCGCCGCGCUACCUUCACCGGAAACGCACGGGUAUCCGGGAACAGCUGGACGCGGAGCUGCUGCGCUAUUCCGAAAGCCUUUCAGGUGUCCCCAUUGCAUAUGAUAACAUCAAAGUAGUGGGUGAACUGGGAGAUAUUUAUGAUGAUCAAGGACACAUUCAUCUUAACAUCGAAGCAGAUUUUGUUAUUUUCUGUCCUGAACCAGGGAAAAAGCUUAUGGGUAUAGUUAAUAAAGUGUCAUCCAGCCACAUUGGCUGUUUAGUACAUGGGUGUUUCAAUGCCUCCAUUCCUAAACCUGAGCAGAUGUCUACUGAGCAGUGGCAGAUCCUGGAGAUAAAUGUAGGUGAUGAACUAGAAUUUGAAGUAUUUCGUUUGGACUCAGAUGCUGCUGGAGUAUUCUGCAUUCGGGGAAAGUUGAAUAUCACUAGUUUACAAACCAAGUGCUCUGCAGUUCCUGAAGAAAUAACAGUAACUAGCACUGAAGAAAUUAUUGAAAAACCUCUCAAGAAAAAAAAGAAGAAGAAAGACCCAGAGUCCUAUGAAGUGGAGAGUGAUAACAGAGAGCUAGCUGAUGUUACAGAUGCCACAAUGAAGAAAGAGACAGACCCGCAGAUUGAUAAUAUGAAUGGCCUAUGGAAGGAUGAGCCGAAGAAGAAGAAGAAGAAGAAGCAGCAGCAGCAGCAGCAGCAGCAGCAGCAGCAGCAGCAGCAAGAUCAGGACCAGGAUCCUGUUUUCCAAGGCAGUGACUCCAGUGGUUACCAGAGUGACCAUAAAAAGAAAAAAAAGAAAAGAAAAUACAGUGAGGAAGCUGAAUUUACCCCACUUUUGGAACAUUCACCUAAAAAGAAAAGGGGAAAGUAAUUUUCUUUAGUGUAUUUUAAAUAUUGUUUUUUAAAAAUUAAGAUACAACAGAUGAAUAAAUGUCAAAAUGGUAGGAGAUGUUUGUGUAUUCCAGUAGUCUACAAAACAGGAAAGAUUUGAUUAGAAGUUUUUGGUGCUUAAAUUAUUAAAGUGACGAUUACUAUGGGAAAUACCAAUAUUAUUAAACUGCCAUUUUAUUGUAUACAAAAUAAAAAAGAGCUGCUCUCUCGAGUCUUGCAUUUUUCCCAUUUUUACAUUCUAAAUAAAAUUCUAUACUCUGAAGACUGGCAAAA